AAAAGGAACCAACAGAGACAGUUUCGCCAAAGCUGUCAAACAAAGAUGGCUUCUCAGGCCCGGAGAGACGACUACCAGAACCCAUCGCUGGAGGAUGAUGACAUGAUAGAUCCCGAUGAUGCCGACCUCAACGACUUUGACGAUCCCCUCCAGCCCUCCUCCUCCCGCGCUCCGCUGACGGGCAACAUCGGCCAGUCCUCGUCGUCCUCCUCACAGCCCCUCAACCAGGACUACCUCUCGUCCCGCAUAGGCGGCGAGGACCGGCGCGCCCCGCAGAACACGAUCGACGAGUCCGUGUGGGAUACACUGCGGCGCGACCUGCUGGCGGUGUGGUCCAAGAUGCGCGAGGUGCUGUGGCCACGGUACCUCCUGGGGGGCACCAUGUUUGAGUCGUCUGAGGGCCUCCGCGGCGUCUACGCGAACCUCCGCGGCGUGGGCAUCACGGGCGGGCGCGAGGAGCUGGCCGGGCUCGCGGGCCGCGUCCUGGACCCGGAGACCCUGCUCAAUCAGAACAACAUGACGCCUGGCCUGCGGGACUGGGACCUGUGGGGCCCGUUGAUCUUCUGUCUGCUGCUGAGCAUGCUGCUCAGCUUCAACGCUAAGCCGGAGCAGAGAGACGAGGUGUUCAGCGGCGUGUUUGCCAUGGUGUGGAUCGGAGAGGCGGUGGUGACCUUGCAGAUCAAACUGCUGGGUGGCAACAUCUCUUUCGCCCAGAGCGUCUGUAUCAUCGGCUACACCCUCUUCCCACUCGUCAUCGCGGCCCUCCUCUCCGCGCUACAUGUGCCCCAGAUCCCCCGGAUUCCCAUCUACCUCGUCCUCGUCGCCUGGUCGCUCGCAGCAGGCAUCAGCAUCCUCGGUGGCAGCGGUGUGGUGAAGAACAGGGUCGGGCUGGCUAUCUACCCCUUGUUUGUCUUCUACCUCGGCCUGGGCUGCCUCUGCUUCAUCAGCUAAGAGAGGGCAUUCUUGGCGAGCCCCAAGGGAAGGAGGGGAAAAGGUUUGGGAGUGGCCCAAACGAACACGGAAUGGUGUGUUUCGGCAGCGUCGUAUGGCGUACCACGGGUUUUUAUUAUGCAUGGUGGCGCAGGACGGGUAUGGCUGGGUUUUUCUUCUUUCUUUCUUUUCUUUGGGGGAGGGGGGAGGGGAGAGGUUGUAACAAUAAGGUUGAUUGUUUCCCUAAAGAUAUCCAGGUGUACGAUGCAGAGCCUCUGGAAGCGACAUCUUGAAUCAAUUUACGGAUUAUCAAGUUCUCUAUUCCGGAGGCAGAGACGAGGCAUUUCUGCAUAUUGCCAUAAGCUCUAUUUCCGUGGAUCGUCUUCUAGUAUUUUCUGGCUUCUACAUCCUCCAAUCACAAAUACAAAGAGGCCCUUUUCAAACAAAAGCAAGAUAUUAAAUC